CCGGCGUACGAGGCCAAGGACAUGGCCGGGGUCACCUUCGAUGACCUCGAGAUCGUGUGCGGGAAACCUUACCUGUACGUGCACAUGGAGGAGCCCCACUGCGAGCACCCGAUCGUGUUCCGGGACGUGCGUUUGGCGCACCCCGACGACCCGGUCGACAGGAGGGAUUACCCCGCUAGGCUCUUCGUUGGACGCAAGUACCGGCGCAAGUGUCAGAUGUGCGACGUGUUCGAGGCUCGGCACGUGACGCACAAGGACAGGCACGCGCCGUGCCACCCGUGCUUCUUCUGCGAUCAGUGCUUCAACUGUCUGCACCUCAAUAAGGACGGGGAGCCGUGGUAC